AUGGAGCAGGCGAGUUGUGUUGCGACGAUGGCAUCCAUUGAUGAUGCUAUGGCGAUAGUUGGCUUGAUAGUUGCUACAAAAAAACUGAAAAGAUCUAAAAGGCAUCGAGCUAUAUGGUGUAAGGACUGGUUAAUGAAAAGAGAACAUUAUUCACACAUCAAUUUAGUGAACGAAUUGAAAUUUGCACCCAAAGACUGGCAUAACUACCUGCGUAUGAACGAAGAAACUUACUUGAAGCUUCUAUCGAUGGUUACUCCACUUAUUAAAAAGCAAGAUACUGUAAUGCGAAAAGCUAUAUCGCCACACGAAAGAUUGACAGCAACUCUGAGGUUUCUCGCAACUGGAAGGAGUUACGAAGACCUAAAGUUUACAACAAUAAUAUCACCCCAGGCGUUGGGUGUUAUUAUUCCAGAAACAUGUGAAGCGAUAUACAAAGUACUGCGGAAGGAUUAUUUUAAGUUUCGACAAACAGAAGAUGAAUGGAAAAAUAUAACAAAACAUUUUGAAAAUAGGUGGAAUUUUCCACAUCGCCUUGGCGCCAUAGACGGGAAACACAUAGACAUUAUUCGUCCAAGUGGAAGUGGCUCCUAUUUUUAUAAUUAUAAAGGUAGUAUGGUACUUCUUGCAAUAGUGGAUGCUAGGUACCAAUUUAUAAUGUGCAGCUUUGGUGUUAACGGCAGGAUAUCAGACGGAGAACCCAAGAACAUUGAUAAGGUGGUAACGGCAAGCUGUGCUUUGCAUAACUUUUUAAUGUCGUCAUCGAAUUCAUAUAGUUCUGCAGAAUGUUUCGAUCACGAAAACUUAGAAGAUGGAACUAUUACAUCAGGUUUAACAUCACAUGAUUCAAACAUGGAGUCAUUAUAUCGACGAAACUCUGGAAAUAACGCAACUGCUGCCAAAAAUUUUAGAGAACAGUAUGUACAUUACUUUAAUAACAAGGGGAGUGUACCUUGGCAAGAUAACUUUAUUCCUUAA